UGUCUUCAUUUGAUACUAAACAGAACAUCCAUGUGAUGACUUUUGAAUUUCGAAGUCAAAAUAUAACGUUAUAAGAACUCUAUUUCAUAAUUACAGAAUUAUAGAGAAUUAAAUGAACUCUUGGAGAAUAAACUCAGCUUGGUUAUAAAUCUUUGACAAAAAGAAAUUGUUCAUUGGUCAUUUGGUGCCUCACGUGUUUGUAUCAAUAUUAUCCAGUUGGCGGACUUGUUAUCCGAUAGCAUGGCUCCUGUCUCCGUGAAAGACGUAGAUGGUCACGUAUAUAUCAAAGCUCUGGCUCAGUUUCUAAAGAAAACCGGUAAGGUAAGGCUCCCUGAAUGGACGGACGUGGUGAAACUAUCUUCAGCCAACCAGUUAGCACCAUAUAGCCCUGAUUGGUUUUAUAUUCGAUGUGCCGCUAUCCUGCGGCAUUUAUACAUAAGACCUACUGGUUUGACUGGCUUAAGCAAAGCAUUCUCUAGAAAGAAGCGCAAUGGCGUCAAACCAUCUCAUCGUUCCCUGGCACAUUGCUCGGUCAUAAGGAAAGCCAUUCAACAAAUGGAGGCACUCGGAAUGUGUCAAAAGCGUGAAAAUGGGUAAGCUUAACACUUGCCAUACAUGUGAUCUCUAAAUAAAAUAAACUAUCUUGAGGUUAGGGGAAUAGAUAAACACCACGUUCAAUUUGCUCUAAUUACUGUAUGUGCGAUCGCGCUGGUCACCAUUAAAUAUUUACAAAUAUGGCUGUUUCAGUGAUAAAUUUUGGGGACAGUAGCUCUGACUAGAUUAUAUCUGGUAGAUUUUGAAAACCUAUUCAUGUAAAUUUAGAACGUUUACGGACGUCUGCGCUAUUGCUAGGGUCGGUAUUUGUGUAAGAGUGUAUCUUUCAACACAGACAACUCAAUGCGUCAAUAGGAAAUUUUUUAUGUACUAGAGAUACGUAGUUCUGAUGAACUCGAUUGUAUUUACUAGGAGAUUUUCCAUUGAGUCGUGGACUUGCAAGAUUCUAUAUCUUCGAUUCUGCCGGUGACAUUACUGUGUCUCUGUACAAUGAGUAUUCCUCUAAAAUAAUGUACGUUUGUGCGUUCUGAUUUCUAAUUGAUUAAACAUAUUUUGAAUAACGUUGAAACUUAAAGAUGACUCUUCAAACUUUAAUUUCAGCGGGAGAUCCCUUACAUCAACUGGAAGGCGUGAUUUGGACCGCUUAGCAUACCAAAUUCUUAAGGAGCGUCAUUAAUGCAAGAAAUAUAUUGUUGUGGUGUUAUAAUGUUUUCUCCAUCACUAUGUGUCAUAUAAGGUGAUAUCAAUUCAGAUGUCACAAGAUGAUCCGUUUUCAAAGAUUCAGUUGUACUUACAUGGUGGGCUAGCUUACAUCACAAAUUGUUGCCCGUUAUUCAGAUAUCGUGGAGCAAAAUAACCAAUUUAUGCGGAGUGAGCUGGGUGCAGCGUUCGGUCAACAUGCAUUCGAGAGUAGUUUGUUUAAUUUACGCGAUUCCUCCGUCCAUAUCAUUCGUCGUCACGUCUUACAAAAAUCCCAGAAGUAUAUGUUAUAUAAACUAUCGUAACAAAUUUCUUAAAUAGUAUGAAACAUGGUGCGGUAGGUAGCUUCGUAGUAAUCUUGAAACGUUCCCAGGUUGUUUUGGUUUUCGGAUUAGAAAUUACAACUAGUACGAUUAUCUGGUGUAUAUCUGUCAUACGAAAUGUUCGUUGAAGUAAAGGUUCGACGUUGAGUACACUAACGCAUAAGUAUGGAUUGAACUAAGUUGUGACCAUCUGCUAGAUGCAAUCACUAUAUCCUGAUCCGAAAUUUUGAGCUAUUUCGACAAGAUUAAUCUCGCAGCGUAUGUGGGUACGUACAGCCAAAGUAACCCUAAAAUGUAGACCGAUAAAACUGUUGAUGACACGCUUAUUGCUCAACAGUUAGGUUGCUUAUUCAUAGCGUGUGACCUAUAUGAAGUGAGAAAAACAAGAGACCUAUACAAUACAGGACAUGGUCCAUCUUUACAGCCUGGUUUCCCGUUCUGCCUUGACGCCCCAAACUGGAGACUUUUGCAAAAGUAGUAUGAAUUCUUGUUUAUCAGAAAGCGGCAGUGGGGCGUAGCUGAUAUUUUGCCCAAACAAAUCAGUAUAGGGUAAGUGUACGAAUAGUUUUGAGACAGGAAGUGGCUAUCUUGAGGCAAAAAGCUAUGGUCUGAGCUGCGGAAUGGAUUUUCAAAAUGAAAGUACUGAAUACUUCACACUUUUGGACAGACACUACUCGAUAUUGACUUUGUAUUAACUAAAGACAAUCCAGGAUGUCAGUCUUUUAUUUGCGAACCCGUGACUUCAAACAGUCUGCUGUGGUUCGAAGGACGGCGUAUCGCGCAUUUUAAAUGUGAUAAACUUAGCCGUUCCUAUUGAAAUGUUGUAGAACCCAACGAAUAUCUUCCUAUUUUAAAUUUCUUGAUCGUAGUCACGUGAUUUCUAUGUAUAGGAACUAAAAGCAGUUAUUAGCUGGCUUCUACCUUUCUCCCAUGACUAGUGCAUUCCAUGUAACCUACCCAAGUUAUAGAUCAGACAAUUUCAAGUGUGAUAAUAUGGUCUGCAUUCCUAAGUGAUGACGAUCAGGUGUAGUAAGAUGGUAUAUUAAAUUCGAUGACGCGUCCUACGGAAAGUGGAAUGACGUACAUGUAGUCGGCCAGACUGUUUUCAUAACUGUUGUCCAUUUGAAGCGUACGAGUCGAAUGAGUCACGUCCGGGAGACAUGCUUUUAUUGCAGAUGUAUUGCCACAACUACACUUACUGCAAAUAAGCUAACGACCGGAGAAUUUCCAAACUGAUUUUCUGGCUCUAGUGCUUGUACUGAUGCUGCCUAUGAUGAUGGUGGUAGUUUUGCUCGAUUAGCAUAUAAAAAGUCUAUGUACAUAGUGAAGUCUUUUAUAUACAAGGCUUUACGCAAAACGAAAACGAUGAAUGUAACAAACAAAUUGAAAGGGUUAGAAGUGUGCAGGAAAUUGAAUUCAGAAUGCUUUCGUUGAUUGUGUGUAUAAGUUCAUAUAGGCAAAUCUCGAUUGCGCACUAGACUGCCACUCUUGAUCUGACACAUUGACAUCUAGUAAAAAAAGAGAAAGUAUUUUAACGCUUAUAUAAAGUGAUAUGAGUUGAUUUACUCAUGAUUUUUAUUCAACAUUAAUUCUGUUUUAUUUCAAUGUGACGAUUAUCCAGUAUAGUAUUUGUUUCUGUUUUGCCAUAUGACACGAUAUUCUUGUAUUAAAUCAACAUGAACUAUACUGAACAUAUGAUUUAUUAUAACCCUGGGUAUUUUUUAUGAGAUUUUAUUCUAAUUAUUAAUCAAAAAUGGUAUAUGAAUCAAUAUAUAAUGUAUUUCCGACUAGGGUCGUCGUCGUGUUUGGAGGGUUAAUAAAUCUUCACUUAUUAUACC